AUGGAAUCACGUACUACUCGAAAAAAAACUUCUAUCGAUAUCCCUGAUACCAUAUCCACCCGUACUCGAAGUCAAUCUCGAACUAACUCAAAUACACAAAAUACUUCUACACAGAGCGCAGAUAGCCAGAAUAUCACGCAGCAUAUAUACAGUACACAGAAUAUAAAUAGUAUUACACCACCACCAUCCUCACAGAGUUCCGUCGUUGAAGCAUCCGAGUUAAUUGAUAGUCAAAGCGUCGCUGUAACAAGGGGCAGAAGAAAGUCUACGUCUUCUUCUAUAAGACAGGCUGAAGGAUCGGCCGAUACGAUCUCAACUCCAACACCUUCAAGAAGAUCAUCCCGAUCAGAUAGAUCGACUACUCGCUCACCGAUCGCUCUGACAGUCUCAUCAUCUACUUCCUCCACUCGGAAAGGCAAAGCAAAAUUAAACCAAUCAACUACUACAACAUCCCGCAUCACUCGAAGUCAGGCACGAGAAUUUGAACAGACAGCAGAAGAACUUGAACAAUCAAGAGAUAAAGGGAAAAGAAAGAAGGAAGAGUACUUGUCUGAAAGUUCCGAAGAAAGAUCACCUGACAGAAGCGUAACAAAAAGAUCAAGACUAAGUAGAACUAAUUUGAACAGAAAGGAAAUAAUUGCCGAUACAGUACCAGCAGCAUCACCCGAAGCAAGCAGUAGUGCUGAUACUCGUGAAUCAAGGCCACUAAGACGCAGUUCUGAUUCGAAGUCAACGCCGUCCAAGACGGCAGAACUUGAGAAUACUGCCAUGGAAGCUGUUCCAACACCUACGCCAGCAAGUCAAACACAUACCGCUUCAUCUUCUUCCACUUUAUUACCAGCGACAACCGACGAACCAACCAAUCCCUCAAACUCUCUUCAAACAUCUUCAUCCGAAGACCACCAUGCAGAGGAAAUGGAUGACAUGUCUUCUGAAGAUGCUUCUUCUCCAUCUAAUUCCCACUCUCGCCCCACCGGCCUUUUUUCUCUGAAUCCUCCUCGCACUUCUUACAUUCCUUCCACAUCCUCAGCUUCUUCAGACCUAAUUUCUCGCCUACGCGAUCCCGAACAACAAUUAAUUGCUCUCCAUAGUCUUUCAGAACGUAUAGCUAUGGCUCAAAGUGAAGAUCAGAUAACAAGUACUAUGAACAUCGACGCAGUUAUUAGAGAAUUGGUUGCAAUAUUGAGGAGAGAGGUGUCAGAUGAAGGUGCAAAAGGAAGCGAAAUACCGAUUUUUGUUUGCAGAUGCUUGGCAAAUUUGGUUGAUUUAUUCCAGAAUUCGGCGGAGAGGGUUAUUAGUGCGGGUGUUAUACCGGUUUUGUGUUCUUGUUUGGUCAUUGACCAAGAAGCGUUGGAUUUUUAUAUUGAUCUACCGGAGAGCGCGAUUAAUGCCCUGCUAAAGCUCUCAACACGAAAAUCAUGUACGUCUCAAAUAGUACGAGAAGGUGGUUUGUCCGCGCUUGCUCUUGUCAGUUUUCUCGGCUCUUCCGGCCGAGAUUAUAUCAAUCUACUGGCAAAUUGUGCCGAGAACUUUCCUACCGAUUGUUUCAAUGUCGUAAGGGAUAACAUAAUUCCGAACUUGAAUGAGUUUCUGUGUUUCUCGGAUCCUCGCGCGGUGGAACAAGCAUGUUUGGCCGUUUCUAGACUUGUAGAUAGUUUUAGACAUAAGCGAGAGGAAUUGGAGGCAAUCAUAUCUGACGGUGUCCUAAGAAAAAUUAUCGAUUGCAUUCGACCGAACAGCAACACCAGAAUGAGCCCAUCGACAAUAGUUCAUAUAUGGCGCAUGCUAAGCAUCGUGGCACACGAAUCUCCAAAGAUUGCUACCUCUCUUAUAGACAAUGAGAUAAAAUUAGACGGUGAUGUCACAUUCCUCGACAUCCUUUACGAAGCUCUCACUGGAUUUAAUCCUAACGCUGUAGGGGUACAACUUCAAGUGCCCAAGAACCAAAGUCAAUUUAGAGAAAUAUUAGGAGUUAUUUCAGAGUUAUUGCCCGCUUUGCCAACAAAUUUAAGUUUGCAUCACGACAUUCCAAUAAGUAACCCAUCCUCUCAAUCGGCAUCAGAUGAACGAAAUUCUAUCGAACUUCAUCUACAAUUACUCACAUCGAAACGUGGUCGUAUGCACGAAUUUGGCAAAACAUUUUUGCCGACUUUGAUUAAUGUUUACAAUUCAACUGUUAACGCAACUAUAAGAUUAAGGAUCGUUGUCGCUUUGGCAAAGACAGUGCACUACUUUGAUGAAGAAAUACUAAAUGAUAUUUUGCAGAACGUCAGCUUUGCUGUAUUCUUAAGUGGAAUUUUACAAGAACAACAAGAAGCAACUUUAGUUAUAAAAGCUCUCCAACUUGCAGAACUGCUGAUGCAAAAACUACCUGCUCAUUACGAGAAACAAUUCUUCCGUGAAGGCGUCAUGCAUGAAAUUGCUAAACUGGCCGAUACACCAGAAAGCGGCGUACCGCACAAUAGUUCUAGAUUCUUAGAUGAACUGGUAAAGGCAACGUCAGCGCAAGACGUUGCUGUGAAGUUACUACAAAGUACAUUCCCUGCCUUACACUCCCGCCGACUCGCUUCCUCCAGAGUCUCUACCGAGCGUGGUCUUGGGUCACGAGAUUCCCGAGCAUGGAUAAUUCAUCGCGCACGCUGUUUUCGUGAAGGUUACAUCAAAGAUAACAAGGACUUUAGUCAUCUAAUUAACGAUCUAAAGGCAUAUGCUGCAGCUUUAAAAGGUACAAAAGAGGAACCGACAGCUGAGAGUACAUUGAAAAAAAUUGCAACCUUGUUUUCGGAUUCAGCGAGUAGUAUUUCGUCAUUUGAGCUUGUGAAUAGUGGGCUUAUGGAAGGGCUGUUGGAAUAUUUAACUUCGACGCAUGAAACCGAACUAAGUUCUGUCAAUGACCGCCGGCGAACAUUUUUACACGUUUUCCUCGGAGGAAUGGACCCCAAAAAGGCCAAGCAAGGUUUGGCUAUUCUUCUUGAUCCCGAUUUCCAACAUGAACGAUCUCCUGUUUGCCCGGCUCAUAAUAUUACUACGGGAUCGAUAGGAGCAUUUGAACUGUUGGCAAAGCGACUACAAGAAAGUUUGAAUCGGUCAGAGCGGUUUGAGGUUACUACUGCUUUUCAAACUAUGAGCAUCGACCUAAUACGGAACCCGACAGGAAUUCUGGCUAAGCAUCUUAAAUUGAGAUUAAUUUCACUUGAUAAUGAGAACGCGCGAAAAAUAUCAAUACAAUCACUAGUUCCAUUUAAGGCUAUUGAAGAAUGGCUUAUGUGGAGGAUUGAUUCGGCGAGGAACAGAGCACAGGAAAACACAGACGUGAAUGCUAGCGCCAGUGCAACCAUAGGUGCUGGAACAAGUAAUGGUAAUGACAAUGCUUCUGACGGAAACGUACUUACAAGAAGCAAUAAUACUACAACAAGUGAAGCUAUAUCAGUAGAGGCUGGAAGUUCCAUCAAUACUGCAUCAGUCGCGGAACAGCUUGUCGCAGACAUUCUUGCAUCUUCAGUAUCAAGUCGACGUCGACCCGGUCGUGAAAUUAACACUAGCGGAAAUCAGGUUCCACCUAACCUUGGAGAAGAUACCCCGUUUAAUGAAGAUAUAGAGUUUGCUUAUCUUCGACGAGAUGCUGACUCGGAUCAUGAUGAUAUGCAUGACAUGAACGACAGUGCUGAAGAUCCAUUACCAACAACGACUUCAAGACCAUCGUCAGUACCAUCAACCUCAACGAAUCAACGACAUCGCUACUCUACCCAUCCCGGUUGGCAAAAACCCAAAGACUGGCACAUAGAAUUUUACAUUGAUGGUACACGCAUCAAUCCCAACACUCGCGUAUAUGCGGCUAUUCAUCGUCAUCGACAGCGUACUUUAGUAGAAACCCGCUUCUGGGAAACAACUCACGAAAUCAAAUAUCGUCGAGUAGAAGGCCCCCCUUCUAUGGAAGAAGAGAAGCCCGAGCCUCUCGACCCAAAUGAUGUCAAUACCCAAUUACUAAACCUCCUUAGAGCUCUAUUCGAACUAAAUGAGAAAUGGGACGAGAUAUAUACCGAAGGAGAUCUGACAAUUGCAAAGAUAGAACGACGGUCUGUGACAGAUUUUAUUAAUCACAAGCUUACAGCAAAAUUUGAACGGCAAAUGGAAGAACCAUUGAUCGUGGCAUCCAAGGCAUUACCAUCAUGGUGUUUUAAUCUUGCGAGGGAAUAUCCGUUCUUGUUUCCGUUUGAAACGCGACAUACAUUUUUGCAGAGCACAUCAUUUGGGUUUACGAGGAUGUGGAAUAGGUGGCAUGCUCAUAACAAUCGGGGACAUGGGCAUCAAGAGCAGCGGCGGGAAGAGAUAGGAAGUAGGUUGAGAAUAAAGACACGAAUAACAAGAGCAAAUAUGUUGCAAACUGCAUUUGAAGUGAUGAAGAGGUUUGGUACUAAGGAUUCUGUGUUGGAGGUUGAGUAUUACGACGAGAUAGGGAGUGGAUUGGGUCCUACACUUGAAUUUUACUCUACUAUAUCAAAGGAGCUCUGCAAAAAAUCUUUGAGAAUGUGGAAAAACUACUCUGAUGAUGGCGAUAUCUAUGUUAAUUCGCCAACAGGACUAUACCCAAUGCCAAUGAGUCCAGAAUUGACUAGUAGUGAGAAUGGAAAAAAGAUAAUUAAUUUAUUUAAGUUCGCUGGUCAAUUUGUAGCAAAAGCGAUGGUAGACUCAAGGAUCAUAGAUAUACCAUUUAAUCCAAUAUUUUUGAAAAAAGUACUUAGGGAAAGUGUCCCACAUACGUUAAGGACAUUAAGGCAAAUCGAUGAAUACUGGAGUAAUUCACUGGGCAGUCUGAAAGCCUCGAAAGGCUGGGGAACAAAUUCGCUUGGCUUGCAAUUCACGCUGCCAGGAUGUGACAAUUUUGAAUUAAUAUCAAACGGCUCUAAUAUUGAUGUUACUCCGGCAAGUAUCCAACAGUACACCGACGCUGUCAUAUCGGCCGUGUUGGAUCCCGGUGUUGAGAAGCAAGUGCAGGCAUUCAGGGAAGGGUUUAAUCAAGUGUUUCCAAUUGACGAUUUGAAGAUAUUUACUACAAGUGAAUUGGUGGCAUUGUUUGGUAACGAAGAAGAAGACUGGUCAAUAGAAACUAUGAGAGACAGUUUCAACGCGGACCAUGGAUAUAGUAUGAACAGUCCGGCUAUCAGGAAUUUACUCGAAAUACUAUCUGGGUUCAACGUAGAAGAACGUAGAUUAUUUUUGCAAUUUGUCACAGGUAGUCCGAGACUACCGAUUGGAGGAUUUAAGAAUAUGAGACCUGUGUUAACGAUUGUAUGCAGAGGCAGUGAUCAGAAUUCACCUGAUGAAUCCUUACCAUCGGUCAUGACAUGUCAGAAUUAUCUCAAAUUACCUGACUAUCCAACGAAAGAAAUUAUGCGCGAAAAACUAUGUUACGCAAUGAGAGAAGGACAGGGAAGUUUCCAUUUGUCGUAG